UGUAAAUAUAUUUAUUUCCAGGCAUGAUGGAGGAAGUGCUGGUGCUAAAUAAUUUCAUCGCUGGAACAAUGUUGCCUUGCAAGCGUUUACUGGACUCUUAUGACCCUAGUACUGGACAGGUUUGGGCCAAGGUGCCAGACUCUGGCCAGCUUGAGGUUGAAGCUGCUGUGGCAGCUGCCAAAAGGGCUUUUCCAAAAUGGUCAAGUUUAUCUGCUCAAGAACGUGCAAACUACCUCUUGAAAGUUGCUGAUCUGCUAGAAUCAAGACUGGAAGAGUUUGCUGUUGCAGAAUCCCAGGCCCCGGGGUGCCGCCUUAUUAAAGCAUCCCUUAUACACAACAUUCCUAACAUGAAUGUUAUGCCUUGCUUGUUAGCUUUCCUGCAGUUCUCCUCUGUUUUAAUAUUCUUACGCACUACUACUAUUUCUUCAUUACAACUGCAUCACUACUACUACUGCCACUCCUGCACCACCACCACUACUACUAGUGCCACACCUGCACCACCACUACUACUACUACUACUGCCACUCCUGCACCACUACUACUACUGCCACUCCUGCACCACUACUACUACUACUGCCACUCCUGCACCACUACUACUACUACUGCCACUCCUGCACCACUACUACUACCACUCCUGCACCACUACUACUACUACUGCAAUAAAGUCAAAUGUUCAGCCUGAGGCAGGUGUUGUCAACUACACUCUGAGAGAGCCUAUGGGCGUGGCUGGCCUAAUCAGUCCAUGGAACUUACCACUCUAUCUCCUUACAUUUAAGCUGGCCCCAGCCCUGAUGUGUGGCAACACAGUUGUUGCCAAGCCAUCAGAAAUGACCUCUGUCACUGCCUACAUGUUCUGUAAAAUUCUCCAAGAAGUUGAUUUCCCAGCUGGUGUAGUGAACAUGGUGUUUGGUCUAGGACCAACUGCAGGGGAGGCUCUUGUAACACAUCCUGAUGUUCCUUUGAUCUCAUUCACUGGCUCUACAGUCACUGGCAGACACAUUGCUCAAGUUGCCGCUCCAAUGUUCAAAAAAUUAUCACUUGAAUCGGCCAUCUCCCACCGAGGCAGGGUGACUCAAAAAAGAAAGAAAAUCCCCAAAAAGAAAAUGCUUUCAUCAUCAUUCAACACUUUCACCACACUCACACAUUAUCACUGUUUUUGCAGAGCUGCUCAGAAUACGACAGUUUAGAAGCAUAUACAUGUA